AUGAGACGAGUGGCGAGCAUCGCCUGCGCGGCUGUAGCUGCCUUGGCGUUUCCGGGAGCGGUUUUGGCACAGACCUGGAGCCGGUGCAACCCAUUGACUAGCUCAUGUCCCGCGGACACGGCUCUGGGCAUGAGCAUCAACGUUGACUUCACUAAGGGCGGCGUCAAUUCAUUCGUCGCAUCUGGUUCGCCAACAUACAACAGCAAUGGCGCCUCGUUUACCGUUGCUGCUGGUGGCGAUGCUCCACAGCUCACUUCCGUGUUUUACAUCAUGUUUGGCCGAGUGGAAAUCACCAUGAAGGCUGCCCCUGGAGCUGGUAUUGUCUCAUCGUUGGUGUUACAGUCGGAUGAUCUAGAUGAGAUUGAUAUGGAGUGGCUUGGGGCUGAGCCAGACCAGAUGCAGUCCAACUACUUUGGCAAGGGCCAAACCACAUCUUACAACCGUGGAGAGUUCCACAGCGUUUCGGGCACACAGGCAAACUGGAUCAAGUACACGGUGGACUGGACCCAAGACAGAAUCGUUUGGAUGGCUGGCGAUUCCGUGCUGCGUACUCUGACCCAAGCUGAUGCUGAAUCGAACCAAUACCCGCAGACACCCAUGCAGGUCAAGUUCGGCUCAUGGGCCGGUGGUGAUCCAGCCACCAAUGCUCCAGGUACUGUCAAAUGGGCUGAAGGGCCUACUGACUUCAGCAAAGGCCCCUUUACUAUGAUGGUACAAAGCAUCAGUAUCACCGACUACUCUACGGGCAAGCAAUACGUCUACAGCAACAACUCUGGCUCGUGGCAAUCGAUUCAAUCUGUCGGCGGUAAAAUCAACGGCAAUGCGAACGGCCAGAGUGACCUCACUGUCACGGCCAGCACGUCCGGUAGCACACCGUCGAUUGUCCUUUCCAUUCCCGUGGGCGGCAUCGGCACGGAUAAAAGCCCAGCUACUGCCACACAGACUGACUUCCCGUGGCUUGAUGGCGUGACUCCUACUGGGGGGAGCAUCCCUAGCGGAUGGCAUAUGAAUCCCAAUGGUAGGAUUGCGCGUGAUAACGCUGGCACAGCAUUAGGUGUGCCUAUACCAUCGCUGAUAAUGGUUGUGUUGGGCCAUAUCGCGAUGGGUGCGCUGGCACUUGCUGUAAGAAUAUAA